CUACACGUACAGAAAAAGGAGAACAACAAAAGAGUAGAAAGAAAAACAGAAAAAAAGCAACGGAGAGUAAUCAAAAACAUUAGAAUCAAAAAAACAGUAGAAUCAAAAGCAGUAGAGAGAAAAAAAGAGAGUAAAAACAGUAAGAGAAAAACAGAGAGCAAAAAAUACCGAGAGAUAAAGAAUACCAGUAUUCAAAAAGGCUUUUGUUUGAAAAUUAAGUUGGAGUUCGAGGUUUCCGUUUCGCGGUUUUGAGUUCGUGGACUUGAAGUUAGUUGUUACUAACUAGAAAAUCGGUAAAAUAUUAUAGCUUCAUAUUAUUAUUUUUCAGCGAGAUAUUACACAAAGGUUGUUGGAGAAAAAAAAGAAGGGAAUGUUGACUUUUAGAAGGGAGAGGUACACUCCCUAACUCGCACCACGUGCAUUGGGGGUGUAUACACCAACGGACCCCGAUGAGUAGUAGAGCGCGACAGUCGCUACAAAACCUUAAGCGUGAGUCUGGACGGAGCGGUCGUCGGUGCAGAUCUUGGUCUUUUUGGUAUUCAAAUUCUGUUAUGAAUGUGGAAAAGAUGAAUUUGCCAUUUCUGGCUAGAGUUGGAUAACGAGAAGAAUGAGGCAAUGAUUGACCGUGGGUUGCAUGCUUAUUCUUUGCUUCAUCUGUCUGGCGAAGGGUACUAAGGUGUUAGGUGGAAUAGACAAGGGUUUCAAAAGCUUCUGCAGCGACAUGUUUCCGGAGGACAAAGUGAGGGAAGAAAAAAAUGUGGAUACUACUAAAGCUUUGAAUACUGGUGAUUGUGAAGCCGAAAAGAAUCCUGUUGAGGUCUCUGAUAAUGCUGUUCUACGAAGGCUUCUUCGGGGCCCCAGGUACUUUGAUUCUCCAGAUAAGAGUUGGGGAACAUGCUAUAAUUGCGGUGAAGAGGGUCAUGCUGCAGUUAACUGUACUUCAGCUAGACGUAAGAAGCCAUGUUUUGUUUGUGGGAGUUUCGAACAUAAUGCUAAAAAUUGCGCAAAGGGAAAAGCUUGUUUCAUCUGCAAAAAAGGAGGUCAUCGUGCAAAUGAUUGCCCUGAGAGAAGCCAUGGAGGAUCCCAGAGUUCUAAAAUAUGUCUAAAAUGUGGGGAUUCUGGCCAUGAUAUGUUUUCAUGCUGGAGCAACUAUUCUGCUGAUGAUCUAAAGGAAAUACAAUGUUACAUCUGUAAGAGUUAUGGCCAUCUUUGCUGUGCAAAAUACCCUGAUAGUGGUCCGAGAGAAUUUUCCUGUUACAGAUGUGGUCUACUAGGCCAUACUGGUUUGGCAUGCACGGCAUCUCGUGGAGAGACUAGCUUUACUGGGUCACUUAAUCCCUGUUAUAGGUGUGGUGAAGAAGGUCAUUUUGCACGUGAAUGUACUAAUAUGAGCAGAGCCAAAAAGCGGAAUCAUGAAUCGUCAACCCCCAAGAAGAAAGUCCAGAAGAAAAGAAAAGAGCAAAAAGAGUUCAGGUCUGUACCUCGUGAUUUUGGUAGGGCGUGGAAGAAAGGGAAAAGUGAAGGCGGAUAUACGUCAGGCUAUAAGGCGAAACGAAGGGGUGGUUGGAUCCCGGAUGAUCCUGAAGACUAUCCUCAACCCAAUAGUUGGAGAUCUCCUUCAACUCCUAGAAAUAAGAGAGCUAAGAUUUCUAACUUCAGUACUGGUGGUCACGCUUCUGCUUCUCGUUUGCCUAGAAAGUCCAACAGGCUCGAUUUUGAUAAUUCCGCUUCUUAUGGGUCAGACAACUAUCAUCACCAUAGGUUUUCAGCAUCUGGUGAUUUUCAUAGCCCUUAUGGGUCGGGCAAAUAUCAUCAUCACCAUAGGUUUUCAGCAUCGCAAUUUGGAAACAGUAGUCACGAUAGGUGGAGGAGAAAUAAUGAUUGGUAGCAGAAACUGUUUCUCAUGUGUAGUAUACUUGGUUGGAAGCUUCUUGGAGAGGUUUGAGAACCCGUUUUCGUUCAUAAUUCAUCUGAGAUUGGUUGCAGGAGCUCAUUUGUGAGAUUCUUCGGGGCGUUUGUCCAAGGGAGCAUGGAACUGACAAUGAUGCUAAAGCUCGAUCUAAUCGGAUGUAGUUCCCUGUCAUUUGGCUGCUUGUAACUUGUGUGCCUUUUAUUAUUUUCUUUUCGCGGUACAUCUUAUUUAAUUGUUACUCUUCUUUUUGUCUAAGAGGUGUGUAACUUUAAAAAGUAAUGGUAAUAAGCUAAAUUGCCAACUGAAAUGCAAUAUUUGAUUUGUCUUUUGGGGGUA